UCUGUCCUUGUUACUGUACUUUCGUUCUAGAAAAUACAUUGAAAUAUCGAAUUACUAAAUUAUUUUUUUCGAUGUCAUCCGAGUCCGUGACUGCGGAGAAAGCGGAAGUAGCCUCUAGCUGGUUCAAGUUUGACAAAGCAGGAACGUGACCUCUCAGUCCGCACAAAGUGUUGGCAGUCGUCCCUCUGUCUAUCACCCCUGCCUCCAUCACGUGAUUGCCACUUCGGCCCCAGAAAACAAUCAUUCUCAUUUCUCCGACUGCAGCCGUAGGGACUCGUACUGCAUUUGCCAACCGCUCAAGACCUAUUGUCUUCACUGGACAUCGUGCAGGACGUAGAUAUAACGCCUUUAAAACAUCAUAAAAAAUAUCGAAAACCUUUAGUGAUCCAGGUCACGUCAGGACAGGUCAAGACAGGCGACGACAGAGUCCACAGUGAACUGACACACCACCAUGCCUUUCACCUCUCGCAGCAAACUUUACAUUCUGGGAUAUGCAGGCGUUGUCCUGGCAACCGUUGCUGGUUCCGUUGGACUGGGCGCUCCGGGUUGGUUCAUCAUAAGACGUGACCCCAUCGAGAUCUUUUUUGGUCUGUGGCAAGCUUGUGCCCGAAGUUAUGGACAUUUUGAGUGUACUUACAUUGACUACACAUCAUUCGAUCAAUUUAUGAAGAAAAUCCAGUCUGCGGCGUGCAUCGGGGUGGCCCUCCUGAUCGUGUCUACUCUGUACGGAUUGUUUGUCAAUAUGUCGUCUACAGAUUUACCAUCAUCACCCAUAGUCGAGACAACAGCAUUGUUAGGGGGUAUCAGCCUUUUGAGUGGCUGCAUAAUGUGGGUAUUUUAUAGGAACUUGUUUUCCGCCGAACUUCUCUCUGAUAUUGUCAGUUUCGGGUACGCCAUGAUAAUAGCCACCAUCGGCUCUGUCCUCGCUCUUCUGGCGUCCGCCUGUGUGGCAGUAGCAAGCCGAAGAGCCGGGUCCUACCAGAUCCUGUCUUAGAUGAAGAGACUGGACUUGACCUUUGUAUCACAUGUAUUGUUUGCUUAUGUCUUUUGUUUGGUUAAUGGCUAGCAGUAUUAGAUAAAUCUAAUUACAGUUUUUCUGCACUAGAAAUUUUCAUUGAUCAUCCUCAGCUCGCAUGUGAAUCCUAACCAGACACAGUCUUUGAGUUUUCGGCUUCCUUUUGUUGUUCUUGCGGCCCUAUGCUCCUCGAGGAGUAACAAGGACUAAACUUUGUUGCUCUUUCUGAAAAGUUUUGAAUAACGUGGAUAGCUUUUAUACAAGUCGACUGUGUGUCUUCGAAGACAGUAGAAAAUGUCACCUAAACCUGUUUUUCUCAGUCUCAUUGUUCUCUCUCACUGGGCUGUGGGCAAGUGUGAGUUAAAUAAAAUUUUCGCAAAAGCACGCUAAAGAAUUUUGUUUGCAUUUUUGCCCAUCCACUACUUUUGAAAACAUUGGAUUAUUUGUACCUUGUACAUUUGUAUUUCUUUACCUUGCCGGCCUAGUAUCUUUGACAUUGAUGUCACCGGUGUCAUAUUGUUCACUUUUAAUAAAACAACAUCUAUAAAUCUUA